CUUUAUAAAUUCGUCUCACAUUGAAUUCACGAGAGUAAGAAGAAGAGACAUGAAGUCGGUGGAGAAAACUCAGAAACUCCUUACGAUCAAACAAGUUGCUUUGUCUGCAAGAAAAGAAAUCAAACAAAGAAGAAGAGAGUCUGAGAAGAUUCAUAUACCUAACGAUGUCGUCGUCGAAGAAAUCAUGAUGAAGCUUCCGGUGAGAUCGCUCAUGAGAUUCCAAACUGUGUCGAAAGAGUGGAGAACUCUGAUCAGGUCAAGAGAUUUCGGGGAAAGACACAUGGCUCUUCAGAAAAGCAAAGGGUGCAAACUCCUUUUUGUCUGUGAUGAUUUUAAAGAACGUACGGAAGACACUCUCUUUUUAACAACAGUUGCCGUGGAGAAGAAGUCACCUUCUGUGGUAGAUGAACAAGCUUUGGAAUUCGAAUUUAAGGGGAUUCUAGAGAUUUCCGAGAGCUGCGAUGGCCUUGUCUGCUUCUACGACCAAACAAGAGCAGUGGAAGUUAUAAAUCCGGCCACCACAAUGUUCAUAGAACUCCCUCUAUCGAGAAUUCAACGGCUUUGUACAUACAAUCCAAGCCCGGAGGUAGAGCUGGAGCCAGUUCAAGAUCCAAAUCCUGUUCUAGAUCCAAUCAUGUCGGAUACUAAACUUGGAUUUGGAAAAGACAGCGUUAAUGGAAGGUAUAAACUAGUCUGGAUGUAUCAUACUUCUCCUACUACUCCUCCUACGUGCGAGGUUUUGGAUUUAGAGGAAAAAAAAUGGAGGUUCGUGAACACUACUACACUUGAUCAUCAUAAUAUCUUGUUCAAUCAGAGGCCAGUGUUUGCAAACGGAUCACUCUAUUGGCUCACGGGAGAUAAAGAUGGAUAUCCAACAAAAAAUACCAAACUCAUAGUUUUUGAUAUGCACACGGAGAUAUUUCAAGUCAUUCCAACCCCACCGUGUAUUACCCGUGAUGCCCGUGGUGACAAGAUUGGUUUAUGCAAUCUUGAUGGUCGUCUCUGCAUUUCUGAGUUGAAGGGAGAUUGCAAACAAGAGUUUUGGUGGAGAGUUGAAGACAACAAAUGGGAGAGGAUCUUCUCAGUUGAUUUGCAUUCUACUUCCACUUGGUUUGCUGGUGUCACCUCGCAGUCUCUCAUACCUUUAACCAUUUCUAGGGACACCAAUAAAGUCAUCCUUUCACUUCGCUAUCAAGAUAAUCUUGUUGCCCUCGAUCUUGAUCCUAACUCUUCAGUUUGUCAUUUGUAUUUUUCUGGUUACUACGGCUUAGUAUGUCCUUAUUUUCCAACUUUCACUUAA